GACGCGCACGGUGUGAGACCCAUUCAUCUAAUCCAAAUAAAGUUGUAAUUUCUCUGUUGUUUUGAAAUUAAGAUCGCAAGCUCAUUGCUGUGAUGGUUUCUCUGAAGCGAGAAAGAGAGGCUGAGGUGGACGACGAUGACAGCGAAGACGGAGUGACAGCCAAAAUAGGACGAGGACGUGUAGUAGAAGACCGGAGAAGCCGUCACUGCCCUUAUCUUGACACGAUAAACAGGAGUGUGCUGGACUUUGACUUUGAGAAGCUCUGCUCCAUCUCUCUCUCCCAUAUCAAUGUCUACGCCUGCCUUAUUUGUGGGAAAUACUUUCAAGGUAGAGGUCUUAAGUCCCAUGCUUACACUCACAGUGUACAGUUUACCCAUCAUGUAUUCCUCAAUCUGCACACUCUCAAGUUUUACUGUCUGCCAGACAACUAUGAGAUCAUUGAUUCUUCACUAGAAGACAUCACUUAUGUGCUAAAGCCAACUUUCACCAAGCAGCACAUUGCAGGGCUGGACAAGCAGGGAAAACUGUACCGAGCCUACGAUGGUACGACGUACCUGCCAGGCAUUGUAGGUCUCAACAAUAUCAAAGCCAAUGACUACGCCAACGUGGUGUUGCAGGCUUUUUCCAAUGUUCCGCCCUUGCGAAACUACUUCCUGGAGGAGGAAAACUACAGAGGAAUCCGCAGGCCACCGGGGGACAUCAUGUUCCUCUUGGUGCAGAGGUUUGGUGAGCUGAUGCGCAAACUUUGGAACCCGAGAAACUUCAAGGCCCACGUGUCUCCUCAUGAGAUGCUGCAGGCUGUGGUGCUGUGCAGCAAGAAGAACUUCCAAAUUACCAAGCAAGGAGAUGCUGUGGACUUCAUGACGUGGUUCUUGAAUGCUCUGCAUGGGGCUCUUGGAGGCACAAAGAAAAAGCCAUCAAUCAUUACUAAAGCAUUUCAAGGCUCCAUGCGGAUCUUUUCCAAGAAACUUCCACACCCAGAUUUACCUCCAGAGGAGAAAGAAGCAUUGCUUGUGACAGAGGAGUACCAGGAGCAGAUGUCUGAAUCCACCUUCCUGUUUCUGACACUUGACCUCCCAACAGCUCCACUGUACAAGGAUGAGAAGGAGCAGCUUAUUAUCCCGCAGGUCCCUCUCUUCAACAUCCUGGGCAAGUUCAACGGCAGCACAGAGAAGGAAUACAAAACCUACAAAGAGAAUUUUCUCAAAAGGUUCCAGUUGACCAAACUGCCUCCGUACCUCAUUUUUUGCAUCAAAAGAUUCACCAAGAACAACUUCUUUGUGGAAAAGAACCCGACAAUUGUCAACUUCCCUAUCACGAAUGUGGACCUGCGUGAGUACUUGACAGAAGAAGCUCAAGCUACAGAGAAGAGCACAACUUAUGACCUCGUCGCCAAUGGAACUGGGAAGUGGUAUGAGAUGCAGGACCUGCAGUGA